AUGAAGAUGCUGAAAGAACUCAAAGAAGUGACUUAUGGUGGUGGUGUUGACGGGGAAGGUUGUGGUAAUGGUGGUGAUAGUGGUGGUGGUGGCAACACUGGGAUAAGAGGUCAUGGUUGUGGUAGUAGAAAUGAUGGUGAUGGUGGUGAUAGAUUAGUUGUGAUGAUGGUGGUCGCGGUGGCAUAUGUGGUGGUGGUAGUGGUGGACAAGGGAUUAACAAUUAAUGUAUAUGGAUUAAGGGAAGGUGGUGGUAAUGGUGGUGAUAGUGGUGGUGGUGGCAACACUGGGAUAAGAGGUCACGGUUGUGGUAAUGCAAAUGAUGGUGAUGGUGGUGAUAUAUUAGUUGUGAUGAUGGUGGUGGCGGUGGCAUAG